AUGAGACUUACGGUCGCAAUGAAAGGCUUCUAUUGGUAUUUUCGACCGUUGGCCAUCCUGGCGAAAAUCUUCGGAGUCUUUCCGCUGCAAAAUAUAUUUGCAGUGAACCCCGAAAAAUUGAAGCACCAAUACUUCAGCCUGAGCUUUUUGUACACCUUAGUGAUUGGUGGUAUUUACGUGGCGGUAAUGGUGUACUUUUCCGGGCUCGUUUACCAGAGCAUAAUCGUGGUGAAAACGUCGAUUUUCGUCAUUUUGGUCGUGUAUAUUAUUUUGGGUCGGUCGUUUUUAAGUUUCGGGUUUUCACAGGCUCAUGGCAGAAAAUUGUUGCGACUUAUUCGCUUACUAGAUACCUUUGACCAAAGAAAACAUGACUAUUUAUGCAUUAAAAACAUAAAUUUAUUUACCAACGUCGUCUUUUGGACGGUGUUGCCGGGUUUAGUUUGCCUCUCCGUUUUAGCAUUUUGUUUUCUGUGUUACGGUGAAUUAAUACACUCGGUAUUACCGACCGAUGUGGAGCAAAUCAACGGUUUGAUGGUGUCGGUGUGUUUCGGAUUUCUCAGCGUGUGGCAAACCGUACCAAUUUUUACGUUUUUGUAUUUUGGAUUGAAGAUACGAAGCAACUUUGAUGAAAUUAAUGACACUGUCAGGAUGAAGAAAUACACCGGGAGCUUUUUGGAAGAUAUAAAAAGUUUGAGCAACUUAUACAGCCAGGUGAUUUUCGCUUUUUACGUGACCGCGAUGUCCUAUUGCUCCGGAUUCAUGUUGAAUGUGAAAACAUCGAUCUUCGUGUUGGUGGUCGUUUACGUCAUUUUGGGAAGAUCGUUUUUGAGUUUUGGGUUUUCACAAACGCACGGUAAAAAGUUGAUACAGUUGAUAAGAAUUCUGGAUGCUUUUGACAAAAAGAAAGAGUAUAUUCUUAUAACGAAGCACAACAGUGUUUUCCUGAAUAUUUUGAAAUGGACGGUUUUACCAACAAUUGUUUGCCUAUUUACUUUAUUUUCUGGUUUUACUAAUUAUGCACAGUUGAUGCAUUCAGUUUUACCAAAUAUUUUGUCAGAAUUUAACGGGUACGAAAUUGUUCAUUUAUUUAAUGGAAUCAGAUUGUCGUCAAUAACACCGGAAAGUUUGCUAGAGAUACGAAUGAUGAUGAUUCAGUUAAACUUGUGCCCGGUGGAGGUCACUGCUGCUGGGUUUUUUGUCUUGGACAAAAGCAAGUUGGCGUCGGUAAGUAAACCAAAACAAAAAUGUUGCCCAACAAAUAUUAACCAUGCUUUGUGCAUACAACCAUAG